GUUUGCGUCACUGCCUCGGCGAGCGGAGAGCCGAGCGAGCUGGGGAGAGCAGACAAGUUUGAAGGGGAGGGCAGAGAGAGUCAGCCGCCCCCGGGGCGCUCCUCUCCCACCGCCCAUCCUAUCCCUUUUCACUCUUCUUCCCCGGCUUCUCUCUCUCUGCCCUUAACUCUCUCCCCCCCCCCCCCCCAAAAAAAACCCCUUAUUUAGCCAAAGGAAGGAGGUACGGGGAAUCCUCUCCCCUCCCCCUCCCAAAAAACCCCCCAACUUUUCCAGUCCGGAGAUCGCAGGGGCGCGAGCGCGUAGCCCGCUGGCCAUGGAGCUGCUGUGCGGUGAGGUGGAGCCGGUCCGCAGGGCUGUGCCGGACGCCAACCUGCUCCACGACGACCGCGUGUUGCAGAACUUGCUGACCAUCGAGGAGCGCUACCUGCCCCAGUGCUCCUACUUCAAGUGCGUGCAGAAGGACAUUCAGCCCUACAUGCGCAGGAUGGUGGCCACCUGGAUGUUGGAGGUCUGUGAGGAGCAGAAGUGCGAAGAGGAGGUCUUUCCUCUCGCCAUCAAUUACCUGGACCGCUUCUUGGCCGGAGUCCCAACUCCGAAGACCCAUCUGCAGCUGCUGGGGGCCGUGUGCAUGUUCCUGGCGUCCAAGCUCAAAGAGACCAUCCCGCUGACCGCUGAGAAGUUGUGCAUUUACACCGACAACUCCAUCAAGCCUCAGGAGCUGCUGGAGUGGGAGCUGGUGGUGCUGGGCAAGUUGAAAUGGAACCUGGCGGCUGUCACCCCCCAUGACUUCAUCGAACACAUCCUUCGAAAGCUGCCCCAGCCCAGCGAGAAGCUGUCGCUGAUUCGCAAGCACGCUCAGACCUUCAUCGCUCUGUGCGCCACUGACUUCAAGUUCGCCAUGUACCCGCCAUCGAUGAUUGCAACUGGAAGCGUGGGGGCCGCGAUCUGUGGGCUUCAGCAGGACGAGGACGUGAGCUCGCUCACCGGAGACGCCCUGGUGGAUCUCCUGGCAAAGAUCACCAACACCGACGUGGAUUGCCUCAAAGCCUGCCAGGAGCAGAUUGAGGUGGUGCUGCUGAAUAGCCUGCAGCAGUACCGUCAGGACCAGGGCGACGGAUCCAAGUCGGAGGAUGAGCUGGACCAAGCCAGCACCCCUACAGAUGUUCGGGAUAUCGACCUGUGAGGAUGUGGGGCGGGCCAAAUGGGAGGGGCGCGUCCAAUCUGCUCUCUCCUUCUCUCUGGUUGUAUUUGGCUCUCUUACGUUUUAGGAUGAAACUUUAAAAAAAAAAAAAAUUCUGCCCCCACCUAGAUUCUAUUGAAAGAUCUUUUAGAAGUGAGAGAUAAAGGUCCUAUAAAAACGAAAUCAUUACAAGCAUUUGGUGCCUAUUUGAAGUACAACAGAAGGGAAUCCCUUAUAUAUGCCAACAGUUACUGUUUGAUGUUAAAAGUCAUAGUAACAUGCUUACAGGAAAACCUGCAGAGUAGCUAGAGAAAAAUAUACGCCUGCACUAUGGGAACAAGUUAGAGACUUUUUUUUUUUCCAUGUUAUGAACUAGCACGUAUGUACCCCUGUUAGGAUAAUUUGGAAGAACUGCGGAUGCCAUGUAUGGCAGGAUUGGAUUGCGAAGCAAUGAACUUGAGAAGGAAUUAGAAAUAAAGGAGGGACAGGAUGGGGAGGGAGUGACGAAUAAUCUCAGCGCAAUCGAACCAUUUUGGAUGGAGAAGCGCCCGACUCCCAACCAACUGUUUAUUGCUAAGUCAGGACCGAUGCUGGGUCUCUAGUGACAAGUCUUGCUGUCUGCAGUAGCUGCUACCUAAAAGAGAUGUUCUGUUUUGCCCGUUGGACACAGGUGAUUGGAUCCUGGGUUUCUCAUGUUUUUCGAUACCUUGCUUCUUCUUCCAAACUUGGUUCGUUGCAGAUACCACCCCAUUUUUAUCUUAAAGGGGCAAUCUAGCUAUGGGCCAUCCCACAAACUCCGUGAAAUGGAGGCAGAUGGAGCCCCAGGGUGCGAUCUGGAACUUUUUUUUUUCUCCUGAGGUGUUCAAGAGAGUAAUGUGACCUUGGCAUCCCUCAUUAGGGAAAAAAAAAAAAACUAAUUUUUUUUGGUGCUGAUUGGCAUGUCCGGUCCACAGGUGAGCGUUGGUAUAAACCAUUCCAUUCGAAAAGCACUUUGAAAAAUUGUUCCCGAGGGGGUAGAUGGAUUGGUUUAUGCAAAUCAUACAGACUAGAGGCCUCCUUUCUCCUCCUGUGUCCCCUCCCCUCUUGCCGCCCCCCUCCGGUCAGGUUGCUGUCCUGUAUCCAACACUCUCUGGGUUCCCCCUCCAGGGACUCAAGACACAUCCCCUUCCGCUGAAAUCCCUAUGACAACAUUCCUAAAAGCAGAGAUCUGUAACCAUUUUGAUGGCACACAAGGAUCUUAAUUCCCACCUCUAUACGUCCCCUUUGGACAUGGAAAGAAGCAUGAUUGCUGGUGCAAAGACAGACAGCGGGUCAUCCGUGUGGCAUUUUGUUCCCGUUUCCGUUUUGUUUCUUUUGUCGUUGAUUUCAUUGCAAAGUUGCAUUCAGCGUACUUGAACUUUUUUUUUCCUCUCCACGUCUUAGAGGCAUUCAGUUAGCAGAGAGGUUGAUGCACCAACUUUUUUUUUUUUUUUGCACAAUUAUAAUUGACAGGUAAUGAAGCUAUUAAAAUAUUUGCCUUUUUAAGUAAAAAAAAAAAAUAAGAUCAGAACAAGGCUACUCUGAAGAAUUAUUUUAUACGCAGAUUUUGCCUUGUUUCAUAGUAUGGAGGGUUUAAGAUGGAGAAAAAUCUAAGGGUCUCUUAUUUUUCAUUUUAUUAUGUUCAGUUUUUUAUUAUUUUUUUUUUUUGCGCUGCUAAGAAGCUAAGAUCAUUCAUCGUUAUCCACAUUAACAGUACCUAGCUGUAAUGUUUCACCGAGUGUGCUGCUAUUAUAUAAACAUUUUUAUAAUAUAUUAUUUUACUGCUUAAACUUCCAAGUCCUGAAGUAGUUGGUUGAGAUAGGAGUUCUUCGUACUGGAAAAGCCCUCUUCCAUACAUAGUGUGUUUUCUUCUGGUUGCGUAUUCAUGGGUUUUUUUUUUUUUUCCCUCUCUGAUCACAUCCUUCAAAGACAGAGUAUUCUUUACCUCAGGUUUACUGGACAAAAUCAAUAGCUACGAAAGAAAAUGGUUCACAUUUUUGUUUUCAUUAAUACCUCACAACCGUACAGUUUCUGCUUGGGAGCCCAUCAGUUAGGGAAGGCGGAGGGGGGAGGGGGCCGCAGCCUCUCCCCGAUGGAAGGUAAGGGUCUCACGCCCAGAGACCUCCUCAGCGGUGAAGGUCAUCAGGCUUCCAUUCUGACUCCGGUAUCCUCAUCAUGAUGGAAAAAAUGCAAUUGGACCAAGGGAUUUCCCCUCCCCCGCAAGGCCAACACACAGCGCUGAGUGAUGCUGUGUGCUGGGCACGCAGCAUCUGCACUUGGGUACCAGACAGUUCCAGCAGGCUGUUUGUUCAGAGAGCCUCAUCGGGCGGGCCUUUCUAAAGCACACCUGCUUCUAGUUCUCCUUUCACCUGGGAGGUUUCCCUUCUUUCGGCAUGUUUCUCUCUCUCGCAAGUUUCUCUCUCCUGGAUGCUGGCAGCCACCACCACCCCUCCCCGGCCCCUGCCCCCUUCAGGAUGAUCUCAGAGGGUUUCCUAGGUCUGAACCUGCGGCAGGCAGGGUUGCCACGGGAACUGCUCCCACCUGUCUGGCCUGUGACAGGCAAAAUGCUGGGGCAAGGGCGUGGUCCUCGCUGAGUGGCACUGCAUGGUUUUCAGGUUUUAAAUCGUGUGCUGAAUUGGCAUGAUCGGGAAAGCGGGUCGGGGUGAGUAUCGGAUCGGUGGUUGAAGGCACGUGGGCAGGCUGCUUCUGUCCAGAGAUGGAAUCCCAGGUGAGUCAGGCUCCGUUGACGUGGGUUAGAAGGGUUUCAGGACUCGGUGAGUUACGUGAUCCUGAGAUGCUCAGGAUUCCUGGUGGGCCAGUGGGCGGUGAAUUCUGAGGUUUGGAGGAGAAAGGCUGAGCGGCCUGUGUUUUAUCAAGAGGCCAUCCUGCGUAGGCUGCUCUUCUGGGCAAACCGGGGUUGGGGGGUGGUCUGUGUGGUGGAGACAAGCAUGGGCCCUAGAGUUCUUGAGACUCUUGGGACCUAAAGAGAAAGGGAGGUAUAGAUCCUUCUAACAGUGACUAGCUGCUCAGCUCAAACGGGAGCAGUGAGUGAGAGGAAUAAGGAACGAGACAGGCCAACAGAUCCCCCUGCGGUCUCUCACUCUCCACUUUCCCUGGAGCCCUAAGGGUUCCUGGGACCUUCUAGCUUUUUCUCCUUUUCCACCUUGUGCCUAGCGUGAUGGGAGGCGUAGGAUUGCAGGUGGGAAGGGUGCUAGGUAGCUUCUGCUUUCCUGCCUGCUCCUUCCUUACACAAAAGACGGGCCCCGGGCAUUGUUGAACUGUCCUGUGCCCUUUCCUCGGAUCUUGGAUCUUGGUUUCCUCGGUAGGAGUUUCUGUCCCAGAGGAGUUCAGGUGCAUUUCUUUUUUUUUUUUUCUCUUUCCUCCCGUGAAGGAGGUUCCAACCUAUUCUGGUUUUUUUCCUACCUUGCUGUCAUCGUAUCUCUCCUUCACUUUGUUCUCUUUAUGUUUUUUUUUUUCUUCUUCUUUUUUUGGUUGUUUGUUUUUUCUCCAUCAGUGGGGACUGAUUGUUCCCCUCGCUGGCCAAAUUUUGUUCCUUCCCCUAUUUUGGCCAAAUCCUAGGGGGUGAAAAUCCUCGUAUGCCAAAAAUAUAUGCUGAACAUAAGUCAGUUCCAUGUGGGUUGUUCAUCGCAGCCGAGAAGCCUGCAGGUGGGGGCAGGGGAUGGGUGCCUCAGCAGACUGCACCCCCCCACUUCCAGGCUGAGAGAAGGGGCUUCUGUCCACGGAGACUGUCCUCUGGAACUGUCCCCACCCCACUGAGCAGCCAGUGUCCCCCAGCCAGGUCCCCCUUGGACGGUGGGCUGUUCAGAGGCCCCCUCCUGCCUCCUGUCCUCACUGGAGUCGGGCAUGUGUGACUCGGGAGGGGCGGCCCUUGGCUGCGGGCAUCGGGGUCUUCCCUUCCGAGGAGGCUGCCACCCACCCCUGAGGGUCCCAGGAGCCCUGGGACUCCCCGAUGAGGGUGGCGGCAGGACUGGAUGAUUUUUUCUCAAAGAGGGCAGCAGACUGUUUUCCCCAUGGGCCACAGUGGGGACAGGGCUGGGAGAAGAAACAGACGUGCACCUUAUAUCAUGUAAAUAUACUGAUUUUUCUAGUUCAAGAAGAGAGAAUUAUUGGUAGAGUGGGAAUGGGAGAUAAGAAUGGGCAGGAAAUCUUGAGUAAGCCAGCUGGCUUCUAAGCCAAAAGGGUUCCUCCGUGUUUAUCUUUGAGACAGUCCAACCCCAAGAAUAGCUUUAAAAGGGAAAUCAGUGCUGAGACGGUGAAGUCCCUUACCCAACACGCGCCCUGUAGCUUUAGAACAAACGCAGGCUCCUCAGCUGUGGGCUCGGCAUGGUUCCCGUCACCCGUUGGUGUGAAACAAGGCGGGAAAUUCAUUAGGAUGUUCAUGGCUUCUUCAUCCCAUCCGGCUUUUCCUGGUUCUGGAUUCUAAUAAACAACCUGGAACAGUCUCUUUCCUCCAGAACCACUGUUCUGCAUCCCGGUGUCUCUGCUUCUAGACUCACCUGGGCCCUCAGACCCAUUUCUUGGCUUAGGUUUCCGGAAGCCUUCGGCAGACGUGUACACGCGUGCUCUUGCUGUCGCAUUUAUUCCUUUGCCUGCAGCCUACUUUGGGGGGGAAAAAAGUGCCUUACUGACUGUAGCCAUUACAGUAGCCAGUGUAUUUUCACAGAUGCCUAUCCUUUUUUUUUUUUUAAGUUGGUUCUGUUUCUUACUGCUCACCACCUCUGAAAUCCCCAGCGUGUCACGGGGCCAUUGGAUUUUUUCCAUUAUGUUCAUUACCCUUGUACCAUGUACCUCAGAUCUCUCUCUCUCAGUUACAGUUUCUCGUCCUUGACUUUCUUUUAUUAUUAUUAUAAUUUUUUUUUUUUUUUUGCUUUAAACGAGUGUGAUGCCAUAUCGAGUCAAUGUUAAUCUCUCACCAUAUACUCUAUAAGAGGUGUGGGUGUUUAUUUGGUCGGCGUGCGAGCAAGUGCUAAAGUAGCAUGAUCAGUAUACACAGAAGGUUUUUAGGAAGUAUGGGAAAAAAAAAUGUUGUAUUGGCUAUGAUGGUGACGUGGUAUAGUCAAGCUGCCUUUUCUGAGGUCCUAUCUUUUCAGUGUUAAGUGAUUUUUAAAAAUAAUAACCUGUUUUUCUGACUAGCUUAAAGAUGGAUUUGAAAAUGGUUCUGGAUGCAAUUAGAUUAUGCUAUUUGGACAAUAAACUCACCUUGACCUAA